CCGGGUGUCUUGGAGGUAACAAGCAGCUCUGGCACUGAUUGACCGUCCACAUGAUGGCUGCAGUCUGAGGAGACCCACCUGUGGAUUUUAACUGCAACACACACACACACACACACACACACACACACACACACACACACACACACAAACACUGGAUACCUGAGGAGGAGAGGCCCAAAACAACAAUGGCGAAGUACCACUGGCAGAGUCAAAAUGUGAAACAAAGUGGAGUGGACGACAUGGUCCUGCUGUCCAAGAUCACCGAGGAUGCCAUCGUGGAAAACCUGAAGAAAAGAUACAUGGACGACUACAUCUUUACCUACAUCGGUCCUGUACUGAUUUCUGUGAACCCGUUCAAACAGAUGCCCUACUUCACUGAGAGAGAAAUCGAACUCUACCAAGGAGCUGCACAGUAUGAGAACCCGCCGCACAUCUACGCCCUGACUGAUAACAUGUACAGGAACAUGAUGAUCGAUGGGGAGAAUCAGUGUGUUAUCAUCAGUGGUGAGAGUGGAGCAGGAAAGACAGUGGCUGCCAAAUAUAUCAUGGGCUACAUUUCUAAAGUAUCUGGAGGUGGAUCCAAAGUGCAGCAUGUCAAAGACAUCAUCCUGCAGUCUAAUCCCCUGCUGGAAGCCUUUGGCAAUGCUAAGACCGUCCGGAACAACAACUCCAGUCGCUUUGGGAAAUAUUUUGAGAUCCAGUUCAGCCGGGGAGGAGAGCCAGAUGGUGGCAAAAUUUCAAACUUCCUGUUGGAGAAGUCUCGGGUGGUGAGCCAAAACGAGAACGAGAGAAACUUUCACAUUUACUAUCAGUUGAUGGAGGGCGCCAACGCUCAGCAGAAGGAGAGGCUCGGCAUCAUGACCCCUGACUACUACUACUACCUCAACCAGUCUGGGACAUACAAAGUGGACGGAACCAAUGACAGCAAAGACUUCCACGAGACAAUGGAAGCCAUGCAGGUGAUCGGGAUCCCAGGUGACAUCCAGGGCCAGGUGCUGCAGAUUGUCGCAGGCAUCCUUCACCUGGGAAACAUCAGCUUCAUCGAGGCAGGGAACUAUGGGCAAGUGGAAAGCACAGACUUGCUUGCCUUCCCUGCUUAUCUGCUGGGCAUCGACGAUAGCCGCCUGCAGGAAAAACUCACUAGCCGCAAAAUGGAUUCAAAGUGGGGAGGCAAGUCGGAGUCCAUUAAUGUGACCCUGAACCAGGAACAGGCCACCUACACUCGAGAUGCCUUGGCCAAGGCCCUCUAUGCUCGCCUCUUCGACUACCUGGUUGAGGCCAUCAACAAAGCCAUCCAAAAACCAUAUGAGGAAUUCAGCAUUGGCGUGCUUGACAUUUAUGGCUUUGAGAUAUUCCAGAGAAAUGGUUUUGAGCAGUUUUGUAUCAACUUUGUCAACGAAAAACUGCAACAGAUUUUCAUUGAGCUCACUUUGAAAGCUGAACAGGAAGAGUACGUUCAAGAGGGCAUCAAGUGGACGCCCAUCGAGUACUUCAACAACAAGAUUGUAUGUGAUCUGAUUGAAAAUAAAUUGAGCCCUCCAGGAGUAAUGAGCGUUCUGGACGAUGUAUGCGCCACCAUGCAUGCCAAAGGAGAUGGUGCGGAUGACACCCUGCUGCAGAAACUGCAGGCUGCUGUGGGAACACACGAGCAUUUCAACAGCUGGAACAAAGGCUUUGUCAUUCAUCACUAUGCCGGCAAGGUGUCUUAUGACAUUCAUGGCUUUUGUGAGAGGAAUCGGGAUGUGCUGUUCCCUGACCUCAUUGAACUCAUGCAGAGCAGCGAGAUUGACUUCAUUCAAAGCUUGUUCCCUGAAAACCUGAACACGGACAAGAAAGGACGGCCAACCACAGCAAGCUCUAAAAUCAAGAAACAAGCUAAUGAUCUGGUGAACACACUGAUGAAGUGCACUCCUCACUACAUCCGCUGUAUCAAACCCAAUGAGACAAAACGGCCAAAAGACUGGGAGGAGAGCAGAGUAAAGCAUCAGGUUGAAUACCUGGGCCUGCGUGAAAACAUUCGCGUGCGAAGGGCAGGAUUUGCAUACCGCAGGGUCUUCAAUAAGUUUCUGAUGAGGUAUGCCAUUCUCACAGCUGAAACGUGGCCACAGUGGAGGGGUCCAGAGCAGCAGGGGGUCCUUCACCUGCUCCGGUCUGUCAACAUGGACAACGAUCAGUACCAGAUGGGCCACAACAAAGUCUUCGUCAAGAAUCCAGAAUCGCUCUUUCUUCUGGAGGAGAUGAGAGAGAGGAAGUUUGACACCUUUGCUCGGAUAAUUCAGAAGGCCUGGAGGAGAUACAUUUCCCGUAAGAAGUAUGAGCAGAUGAGAGAAGAGGCUUCAGACAUUCUGUACAACUCAAAAGAGAGGAGGAAGAACAGCAUCAACAGGAACUUUGUCGGAGACUACCUGGGGCUGGAGCAGAGGCCCGAGCUGCGACAGUUUCUUGGCAAGAGGGAGCGUGUCGACUUCGCUGAUUCAGUCAACAAAUUUGAUCGCAGGUUCAAGUCUGUCAAGAGAGAUUUGAUCUUGACCCCGAAAGGCAUCUAUCUCAUUGGCCGAGAGAAAGUAAAGAAGGGACCAGAGAAAGGACAGAUAAAGGAGGUGCUGAAACGAAAACUGGAGUUUGGAAGCAUUAGUGGCGUCUCUCUCAGUACAAGACAGGACGACUUCUUCAUUCUGCAUGAAACCCAGUACGACAGUCUGCUGGAGUCCAACUUUAAGACAGAGUUCCUAAGUUUGCUGUCCAAACGCUACGAGGAUUUGACCAAGAGAAAACUAACAAUCUCCUUCAAUGACAGGCUGGAGUUCAGAGUGAAGAAGGAGGGCUGGGGUGGAGGAGGCUCCAGAGUGCUGGUGUUCCAGAGGGGCCAAGGAGACCUGGCUCAGCUCAAACCUGGAGGAAAAACUCUCACUGUGACUAUUGGGGAUGGUCUGCCGAAGUCCUCCAAGCCAACCAAGAAGUCUGCUCCACAAUACCAUGGAGGAGGGAGAAAUCACGUACCAAGCAGAGCACACCAGAAUGGAGCGCCAAAGUUUUCUACAGCCUCUCGCAGACAGCAGUCGAACAUCACAUAUUCCUCCCCACAAAGGCAGGGUCCGCCACCCAGUGCCGCUCUGCCCAAGCUGAGCUUCAAGAAGGGCCCCCGAGCCCCGGCCCAUAACCAGUACAACCAGGGGAACAUGGACUUCCUCAAUGUCCCAGAAGUGGGCAUGUCAGGACAACAGAGGAAAAAGAGCAUUGGCCAGCGACCUCCUCCUGCUCCCAAGCCUCAGCCUCGGCCUGCUGGUCCACGCUGCCGGGCCCUGUAUCAGUACAUCGGCCAGGACACUGACGAGAUCAGCUUCGAGGUCAACGAUGUGUUUGACCUGGUCAAAGAAGACCCGUCAGGUUGGUGGACGGGAAGAAUUCAUGGAAGGGAAGGGCUCUUCCCCGGGAACUACGUGGAGAAGAUCUGAUGAACCCAUUCAGCCAUCACGGACCUGUCUGCCAAGAAAUAUGAGUAAUUUGUUUAGAGCAGGAUAUCGUUGUGCUUGCAAAUUAAAUAGCCUGUUUAUUCAUUACAUGAUAGAUUUUCAUCCACGAUUGAACAGGCCUCAUCAAGGGUGGCCGUUGCUGACAUUUGAGCUACAGCUAACUUGUUUGACAGCAAUGCUGUAUGAAUGGUGUAAAGAAGACAUUGUUGUGGUCAUGAUUGUUACAACACACCUGCAAAGCGCUACUCAGGUUUCAUCUCCGUUGUUGGGUCAAACAAUCUUGAACCGUUGUGCAGGAAGCUCUUUGACUUCAUCUUAAACCCCUAAUUAUCUGUUAUAUGUUUUGUGAAGUACCUUAAAGUUUUUUUUUUUCUAGAAGUUCUGUUUGAUUUAUGGAACAAUUAAAAAAUCUAGUAAAAACAGGCAUUUUAAAAUGUUUUGAAUACCCAUUUAUGUCACCUCGAAUGUUACUUUUUCACUCUUGCAAACUUGCUGAAGAAUGAUAUUGAUUUUAAUUUGUGGAUUUUUAUUUUUAUCUCAGAUGUUUUAAUUUCAGUAAAAGAAAAAUAGAUGUAUUUUCAUAUUUCUGUUUUUGUUCUGUGUCACCAGUAUAUUGUCAAAAGUGUCUAAAUAACAAAAACCGACAUAAAGAAAUGACUGGAUAAUGUGGAUAUCUCUGCUUUUAUACAUUUUUUUUUUUAGUAGAUCUUCUUCGUUGAAUAAUGACAGUCAAUCAAAAUCAAAAAUAUGCUUUGUACAUGAAUAUCAAAAGAAAAGUAAAUUUCACAAGAUUACUUUCAUAAGUUGUUUUAAAUGCAAAAUAAAAAAUGCACAAUUUCA